CUGCUACAUUCCCCAUUUUUGUCUCUCAUUUAGAGGGUCCCCUCAUCCUUUUCUUCACCUUUUUAAGAAGUUUGGGUUUCUUGUUGUGUGCAGCAAAAAAUGCAUCUGGUAUACACAUAGCUCUCAGAUCAAAUCAACCCACUUGAAGCAAUUCUUGAUGUAGUUUUGUGUCUUUCUUGGAUGAUUAGUUGUGUUAAAAAUUGAAUCGUUGUGCAUAAAUCAGAGAGAGGAGAAAAGGGGUUAGAAGAAAACCUAAAGUUGUGGAAGAAUUAAAAGAACUUUUUUUUGGGUUAAAACAUGAGGGAUUUUCCUUCUUGUUUUGGGGAAACUGGGGUUCAAGUAGCUGAUUUUUCAUCAUCAGGUGUUAAUAAGGCUGCUCAGAAUUUGGUAACUUGUGUUUAUCAGUGUAAAUUGCGUGGGAAAUCUUGUUUGCUUAAUGUUACUUGGAGUAAGAAUUUGAUGGGUCAAGGUCUUACUAUUGGGAUUGAUGAUAAUACAAAUCAGUGUCUCUGUAAGGUUGAUAUUAAGCCCUGGUUGUUUUCGAAGAGGAAAGGGUCAAAGACUUUAGAAGCAUAUUCUAGGAAAAUUGAUGUAUGUUGGGAUCUUUCGUCAGCGAAAUUUGGAUCUGGUCCUGAGCCAUUGGAAGGAUUCUAUGUGUGUGUUGUUUCCGAAAGGCAAAUGAUUUUGCUCCUUGGUGAUAUGAAAAAAGAAGCUAUCAAGAAAACAAGUGCCACCCCUGCUGCUUCUGGUGCUGUUUUUAUUGCUAAGAAGGAGCAUAUGUUUGGUAAGAAGGUAUUUAGCACUAAGGCUCAGUUUUGUGAUAAUGGUCGAGUCCAUGAUCUCGUGAUUGAAUGUGAUACCAGUGGCACCAGUGACCCAUGCCUUGUCAUCCGCGUGGACAGUAAGCCAAUGAUGCAGGUAAAGAGGCUAAAGUGGAAGUUCCGUGGUAACCAUACCAUGUUGGUUGAUGGCCUUGGCGUAGAAGUGUUUUGGGAUGUCCAUAACUGGCUUUUUAGCACAUCCGUUGGAAGUGCCGUUUUCAUGUUCAAGACCAACAUUUCAGCAGAGAAAUUAUGGGCAACACAGCCCAUAUGCGAUCCCCAAACACUACAUUGGUCUUGGUCACAGAGAUUCAGAGAGGCUCAGUCGCAUGAUCUUGGUUUCUCGCUCUUUUUAUAUGCUUGGAAAAACGAAUAGUCAAUUGAUUGGAUUCAACCUUGAGUUCUAACAUAUACUUUAGCGAGCUGUGAUUUAUUGACUAUGAAAUUCAAUUAUACUUUCAAUUUAUAUACUAGUUAAUUUGUUCUUUUCGUAUGUUAGUUGCUCAAGCUGUGAGCCAAAACAAAUAUAGACAUUUUUACCUGGUUGAUUGUAAAUUGUUCAAUUAUAGUUCCUUUCAUUUUCUUUUCCAAUUUCCAAGGAGAAGAAUAUGGAAUCCAUUUAUUCUUGGUCAAAGGCUUCCUCUUGUCGACGUCUUUGUAUGGCUGUGAUUGAUCUAAGAAAUAUUAACAAGCAAUUGGU